AUGGCUUUGUUACUGAAACGCCCAAGCAAACUGGACUACGACAUCGAUUCAUUUGCCACUGAUUUGCAACGUUUUGCACGUGAACAGCGCGACAGAUACGUACUUCUAUAUGGUUGGUGCUUCGCUGCUCACUGA